UUGUUUUAUUUGGUUUGAAUAAUACAGAUCAAUUAAAUUAUUUUGUUUAAAAUUUAAUAAAAAUACAUUUUAUAAAUAUGAAUAAUAUCGAAGAUUCUUCAAAUAUUGAAAAAUCAAACCUUAUGAAACCAAUCAAUUUAUGUAAUUUAGUCGAGUUUUAUAUACCAUUGUCUGGAAUAGUAUCAUAUGCAACUCUUUCAGUUAAUAUCAUGAACCCUACUCUAAGGUUAGGAAACAUCAGCUGAGGAUGCAGGCCCAUGGUAGAACGAAAAUCUGGCACGGAUUCUCCGGAGUGGUGUUGGUCAAUCCGAGCCGUCCCAAUUCCAUAUUCAAAAAGAUAUAGCUACGCUUCAAAAAGUAAAACCAGAGUCACCAAUUCUAGAUAUUAAUGGUGUAAGACCAAAAUAAAGGUGCACUCAAAAGCACGAUAGCACUUGUGGAACAAAUUUACUGAUGUGGCCAAAGAAAAUGUUUGUGAUGAAAAAAAUACUCGGUCAGGUUGAAGUUGUCAGGAAUUGAUGAAUGAACAGGCAUGUAGUCGAUCAACCAUAUCAGCUCAUUCACUUCCUUUGACCGGUCCAGCAUGGAGAUUACAAAGAAGAUGAAAAUAUUAUCAAAGCUUCUGGAAAAAUUCUUGUGCUACAAUCUACACAAGAAUGGUCGCAAAGUACUGUGGUUUGCUACAAUGACAAUGGUUUUGGAUGUUAUAGAAGACUAUUCGCCGUUGAGAGGUUUUAAAUAUGCAAGAUUGGACGGAGCCUUCGAAGUGCACGAGAAAGAAGAAAUUUUUCCAGAAAAGGAUAUUUCAAAUUUUUUGUUAGUGAAUACAUUAUUUGGAACUGGGACAUAUAUCUACACACGGAAACAUGUGAGACAAUCUUCUUCAUGCUACAGGAUUUUGUACAGUGUUACAGGUGCUUUGCUGCUUAGUUUUGGUUCAGUAUUAAUAUGGUCUGUUCUACGCUCUAUUAUUCCAGCAAAUCAAGUACUUUUUACAGUUACAGGAAUCAGUACCAGCAUAGCUAUAACAAGUACAGGAAAAAAGUACCUAACAGAUAUUGAUGCAAUGUUACAUAGUAAAAAUGAAUAAAUGUCCAUUGUACAAUUGUUGUAUGAUAAUAAGAAGUAAUUGUUUGAAAUUAAUUUGUAAAUCAUUAUAUAAAGAAUAAUUUCAAAUUUACCGAAA